AUGGUCAGAAAACUAAAAUAUCAUGAACAAAAACUCCUCAAGAAGGUUGAUUUCAUCUCUUGGGAAGUGGAUAAUAAUCUACAUGAAGUGAAAGUACUGAAAAAAUAUCACAUUCAAAAACGUGAAGAUUAUACAAAGUAUAAUAAACUAGCAAGAAAUAUAAGAGAAGUAGCUAGAAAAAUCAAGGAAGUCGAUCCCAGCCACCAAUUUAGAACUGAUAGCAGUGCUCAAUUGUUGGAGAAGUUAUAUCUCAUGGGUUUGAUUCCAACUAGAUGGGACCUGAGCUUAGCAGAAAAAGUAACAGCUUCUUGUUUUUGCAGAAGGCGCCUGUCAGUUGUUAUGGUCAGAAAUAAAAUGUCUGAAACAAUUAAAGGGGCAACAAAAUUGAUAGAACAGGGACACAUAAGAGUGGGGCCAGAGUUGAUCAAAGACCCAGCAUUUCUGGUUACAAGAACUUUAGAAGAUUUUGUUACUUGGGUUGAUGGGUCCAAGAUUAGACAACACAUUUUGGAAUAUAAUGGACUGGUGAGAUACAUUAUCAAU